AUGUGGCGAGGAGCAGCAAGUAGAGUUUGGGAUGUCUGUCUGGAGCACUUCAGGGGCCUGAGUCACCCCGGGCGGGUCUCCCUCAGAAGGUGCAGCAGGAGAGGGGCAGUGACGGUGUCAGUCACCCCCGCCGCAGGCUUGGCAGAUCAGCCCGCCAGGAUUGCGGUCUGGGGACUCAAGCCUUUGCAGGAAGUGACCCUCCGGGCGCUGGUGGCCAAUGAGCACGGCAGCCUCUUUGAUUCCUGCGCGCACUACCAAGCGGAUCAUCAAGGAGAGGUGGACCUGUCUGUAGAUUUGUCUCAGGGAGGAGACUACACGGGAUUGGAGCCCAUGGGGUUGUUUUGGAGCCUCUCCCCUGCUGCGAUGGAGAAACCUUAUCAAAAGCUGGAGCUGAAGAAGGUGAAGGCUCCCAUGAAAGUGGAGGUGUCUGUACACCAGGGGUACAGCAAGCCUCGUGCUAUCCCUGGACAGGUGCUUGCCAAAGCGAGCGUGGAAAGGUGGUUUACUCUGCCUGACGUGAGAAGGAUUAGGCUGAAGGAAGGUGUGGUAAGAGGCAGUUUGUUCCUCCCCCCUGGGAAUGGCCCCUUUCCAGGAGUAAUCGAUAUGUUUGGUGAUGAAGGUGGGUUAACGGAAUUUCGAUCCAGCCUUCUGGCUACCCACGGCUUUGCUGCUCUUUCCCUACCAUAUUUUAAUUUUGAAGAUCUCCCCAAGGUCAUGGAGGAUUUCCAUCUGGAAUACUUUGAACAGGCAGCCAGGUUUCUGCUGCACCACUCAAAGGUUAAAGGACCAGGAAUUGGUGUUGUUGGAAUUGGGAAAGGAGCGGAAUUUGCAUCUUCCAUGAUGACUUUCUUGCCAGAAGUGGUGGCUGCUGUCUGCAUUUCUGGCUGCAGUUCCAUCACAGCCAGUGCCCUCCACUAUGGCCAGCUGACUCUGCCUGGAAUUCGCUUUAACAUGAGCAGAGUCAGUGUUUCUGAGAGUGGUGUAUUUGAUAUUUAUGAAGCCUUAGAUGACCCACUGGACCCAGCUAAUUCAAGCUCCCGCAUCCCCAUAGAAAAAGCAGAAGGUCAUUUCCUUUUUGUCGUUGGGGAAGAUGACCGCAAUUGGAAGAGCUCUUUGUAUGCUCAGAUAGCCAUUGGGUGCCUGCGUCAGCAUGGAAAGGACAACUUUAAACUCUUGAGCUAUGCUGGAGCAGGCCAUCGAAUUAAUCCCUCUUUUUCUCCAGUUUGCUUGGUAGCUUUAGACCAUGUACUAGGGGUGCCUAUUCUGAGUGGUGGAGAGAGUAAAGCUCAUGCCCAUGCCCAAGAACAUUCUUGGAGGGAAAUUCUGGAGUUUUUGCAUAUCCAUUUGAGUUGAGUUAAGCACCCAAAUAACUGAACCUGGGAGAAGAUGAGAGACAGGUGUUAAAAACAACAAAGGGCGACUCAGGGACUGACUUAGAAAGAAAGAUGGAAAGAGCUGAGAUAUGCUGUAUAUGCCUAACUUGGAUAAAUUACCAUAAGAAUGGAUGACAAGGUAAGUUUGGAGGUAUAUAGGUAUAUUUCAAGAAAUGCAAGUUGGAAUACUGGGAUGAAGGACUGUAAUGAUGGAAAAGCACAGGCACAUGUGAGUGCAAGUAUGUCACUGAAAAAGUUGGUUGGGAAUGUUGAAUAGGCCUUACAUGCUUAGCCAGCUCCUCAAAGAUGGCACAAGACAGACUGCAGCAAGCCAUAAUCACAAAAAUGGUAUUUAGCCAGCUGGCUCUUAUCUAGGUGCUUUGAGAGUGCAUAUCCAGAUUAUGACUAUCUUUAGCAAAAACAUCCUAUAUUAUUACUUGAAGAGAGAGCAGGAAGACUUUUUAAACCACAGAGAUAAAAGAAGUGGAAUCACAGAUAGCAUGAAUGUCUGGCUUUAAACUGAAAGCUCCCGUUGACAUGGUUCUCUAUGGAUGCAGAGUGGCAUUGUCCUUUUCUUGUUCUGUUGAAAAUUAGAAUAGCACCAGUUCAUUCCGAUACUAGAAGUGCUCCUUUGUUUUAAACAUAAUUUGUUCCACCUAUCAUUAAUCUAACCUGUGCACAUAAAAGAGAUUAACCUAGAUUUGUCUCUUGAACUGGGAAAUAAUUUGCCUAGUGAGUAUUUCUUCAUUAUACAGGAUAGGAUAUUUAAAUGUUGGGAGUUUUUAAAUCAUUAGUAAUUGUAUGUUGUUGCACUCAGUUCUUUAAUUGCUUGUUUUAAGUCAGUAUAGUAAUGACUGUCGGUGCUGGGUGUAGCCAGGAUUUUCAGAAUUGUACUUUCCUCUUGUCCCACAAUUGCCCCUGACCUAUUGGUCUGGUAAUCCUGCACAGAUGCCAGCAAUGCAGGCAGUCUUAGCUUCAGGCUCCAGUUUUUAGUGGGGGAAGAAAAGGGGGGAAAGCCAAAAAGGAAGUCUGAGCUGGAUUUAGCAGCUGAGAGCAUAUAGUUGGGAAAGAGGAUAAAUUACAUACAUUUGGCCUAUGACUCUUGAAGCAAUCAAAGGGCGACCCUUUCAGCACUAACUGUAAUACUGUAAAUGCAAAAUCUUGUAUUUUGAUGUUGGUAGAUUAACCUUUGGUGUUGGUAGAUUAACUAAAGACAUUAAUAAGGUAGCACUUUUGAAUGUGACAUAUAUUUGCCCACUAUAUACUGAGUAAUCUAAAUUGAUGGCUGCUGUUUUAUAGAACACUCAAAAAUGUCACUGGUUAAGCUAUUUUGAAAUUGAACCCAUAAUACUACACGUUUGUCACUGUGGGAUCAUGACCCUUAAAUAAUAAGAUUCUAAAAUGUUAAAGAACGGUAUGUAAUAGUAAUUCCAAGGCUAAUUCUCCAUGACUAAGCCAGGAAUAAGGAGGCAUCCUGCAAUAGCUGCUAAGGAAGUGUGUUGUGUUCUUACUUAUUUGAGCAUAGCAGUUUUUCUGCUAUGGUAAUUUUCAUCACAUUACCCUAAUUAACCUGAAAACAUAAUCCCUUCUUAAAUGAAUUAAGUGCUGAGCAUAUGUCAUCUUCUGGAUCUAGCGUAAGACAAAAUAGAUUUUUUAUAAGGUUCCUUUUUCCUCCCGUUGGUUUGCUGCUUGGUACUGUUGAGAGAUUGUAACUGUAUUAACUUGGCUUAACAUAGUUUCUAGAUAUAUAAAUGCACAUUUCCACAUACAUAAAUGAAAUAAAACAUACAUUUUGGUUCUUAGUAUCUCACGUUUGUAGUUUAGUAUUAUAUGAUUUCAGUGUGUGUGCAUAAUUGCAGUUACUUAUCCUUAAAUAAAAAGCAUAUUUUACCUCUCCCCACAUUAUGUUGCUAAAACAGGAUGCCAAUUUGCUUACUUAUUAAUACAGAUUUUGAAAGAGAGAGAGAGUGUGUGUGUGUACUUUAGCUAUCUGUUUUGGUUAAUGAGCUUUGCAUUACUGCUAUUAAAUUGCUUGUAUUUAUUUAUGACAUUUA